UGGGCACUAUCCCGAGUGCUCUCGCCAUCGUCACCACCACCACCACCCAUUGCUGCCGCUGCAGCUUCGGAGAGAACAACUCAGCUGGCUGAUCCACUAGCUUCUCUCCUCUCUUCCCCACCUCCGUUAUUUCAAUGCCUAUAACUUGCUACGCCCCCGGCCGGCGGUGACCAUGAAAUUACGAGCUACCAGUUGCGAUGUUCCGAAUCCUCGAGUCGCAGGCGCCGGCCAAACAAACGGCCACAGACACAAUUAAUACUCUGACUGGUCGACUUCAGAGUGCAACUUUACUAGAAGAUCGACGGGCAGCUAUACAAGGAUUGAGAAGCUUUGCAAAGUCCUUUCCUGCCUCUGUUGCAUCGGGCGCACUACGCCCGUUGAUCAACAGCCUCAAAGAUGACCGUGAAGAUGUGGAUACGUUGAAGGUGGUCUUGGAAACCCUGUUGAUGUUGUUUACUCCCGACGAGAAUAGUGUUGGUGGCCUCCUCAGCCCACUGUGCCGCAAUCCGUGCUGAUAUGCGCUAUCUAGCCCGAAGCUUCAGAUGAAAUCGCCCUCUGGCUGUCCGAUGAGUUUACGCAGGUUCGUACAUAUUAUUGUGGGGGACAUACAUU